AUGGCUUACUUGGAUGUCAACGAAGCCUAUACGAUGGAAGUCCGUGUCAGGGCCUUAAGUGGUCAGAGCUUUCAAUUCCACAUCGACCAGUUCGCCAUCAUCGGUGAUGUGAAGCAGCGCUUGAGCAAUGGGCUUGCUCGGAAGUUUCAUGAGAUGAAGCUCCUGUACAAUUCAGAAGAGCCAGGUGUCUUCGAGAAGGUCGGCAAAUUCCGCAACAGGUCAGGGAUUGUGGAGCUCACCUUGGUGAUCAACCGCACUUGUCGCUGGUGCAACUUGCAGAUCAAUGACAACAUCGUGGCACCACUGCUGGGUACCUCCACCGGUGAUUUUUGUGGCACUCACUGCUAUUAUAGCAUGCAGCGCGAGUUGCAGGAUCCCAAUAAUAUCUUCAAGGUCUUCGGCAUGAGCUUCGAACAGCCAAGACAUGACCUGAGGCCCACUGGGCCUAGCAGCCUGAGGCCCCUCUAA